AUUAAAUUUUCCUUAACCGAAUAAAUAAUACGCGGGAGCCGAGCACGAGAUUCUGAAGAACGAAAAGAAGAUAUUUCGGGUCGCAAUCAGCGAAGAAAGAGACGCAUUGAAAGAUGGGAAAGUCGAAACCGCCUCCCAACUGGCGAAGGAAACACGAGGAGAAGAAGGCACCGGUCAAGAAAGUCAUGACCGAAGACGACUACCUUGAAGCGACCGAUGAAUUUGAAACGGCAUCUGCCAAAUGGCGUCGGGGUGAUUUGGCCAAAUCGGUCAGGUUCAUUCAACGAGCCUUCGAUUCCUAUGAGGAGGGCCUCAAGGCGUUCCCAUCAAGUUUUGACUUGGCAUAUAAUAAGGCCGUCAUGCAAUACGAAGUAGCUAGGAAUGAUGCCCUCGCCCAGUCAUUUGGCUCCAAAAUGGAUCUCCUUCGGUCUGCCUUAGACUCGCAUCGAUACGCUCUCCGACUGAAGGAAGAGAACCCGGAUGUACUGUUCAAUACAGCGCAAUUGCUCACUGAGAUUUCCGAGGAACUAGACGAGUUCGAACGCCCAGGCCUGCAUGUGAGGGAAAACAUCAGCCUACUGCAAGAGGCUAUCGAACUUUUCUCUGCGUGCCUCACUAGACAAGAGAUGCUCUUCAGCGAUUUCCAGUCCCAAGAGACGGCGCAUGCCAGUGGUAUCGAGCCAUCGGACUCAGAAGCUCAAGCAUUGCCGGCGGCAGACGAAGCAAAGACCCCGAAUGAAGAGGAAUGGGCGGUCGUCGAAGAACCGGUUACGGCGGAGACACUUAUCGACAGCACCGUCGCCAUGCUCGAUGCCCUGACCGCGCUCCUCAAGGUUUUCGCCUCUCUUGAUGAGCCAGAGGCAUUUAACCAUCCCGGCUUCUCGGCCGCUGCUAUCGUCCGCAUAGGGCAGCCAUUGAUCGAGCAGAAAUUGCCAGCGUACAUCGAACUCGUACCAAAAUCAACUGAGAAGGAGAUUCAGCAACCCACCCACCAAGCUCCACCAACUCUCGUCCUGUCCGCCACAGGUAGUCUUGCAAAGCCUGCAGCUCAGCCCCCACUUCAAACUCUUCCCCCCGGCCAGCGUGUAACCGCAGAAGAAGCAUCCAUUGCAGCCGCUAGGUUUAGAGCGGCAUUGGCAUGUGCAGAGUUCAACAGUGGACUCAUUGACCCCCGGACGCUGGUCAGAAGCACCAAUAAUGCAUUUUUAUCGAUGGUCAGCAACCGAUCUUCAGUUGAUGCCGAUGAAUGGGAUCAGCCCCGAAUCGGUUUCCUACCGGACACGCCAAUGGAGGCACUGGAUGCAUACUCCGAUGCCGUGGAAAACGUCAAUCUUCACUUAUUUGGCUAUCAUCGGAGAUCUCCCUCCGAUCUAACUCCCGAAGACAUCAGAGUCCGCCGGCUACUCGGACUAGAUGCGCUAAAGCUGUCACUCAGGUGCCUCAACGAAGUGAUUGAAGGGUUGAAGAACAGAUCCAGACCUGUGAUAAACCCAAUUGAGGACGAAGUGGGAUACACGGUCAGUCUGUAUGUCAGAGCAGGGGAUGCGGCGUUGCAGGCUCGGACACAUGCACUACAUCUUGCCGAGGAGGAUCCUGGACUUUUCACUGAGGAGCAGAGAGAACCAGCGUUUACCAAGCAAGCGCAAGAGGUCUUCAGCAUUGCAGUAUCUAGCUAUGCCGAAGCAGGGAGACUCCUCGAUGAAUUUGGGGGCGGAAUUAUGGAUGAUGUGGCAAAGCUGCGCCACGACGUCAAGGCGAUGAGCCUUAUUGUCCGCGGCAUGAGGGGGGAUCUGUUCAGUUCCAUCGACCUAUCCACAUCUGAAGAUCCGCGCGAUUUGAAGCCUGGUUGGGUAGACGACAUUAUGCUGGAGAUGAUGGGGAAAGGCAUGAUUGAGGGCAUUGAGGUAGACAAUGUGGGUAGAUAAAUCUGAGUUGGAAAUGCGCGAGCCAGCCUAGGACGACAUAAUACAAUAUUGAUACGGAU